GAGCUUUGAAAUGAAUUCCAAACCUCUGCCGUGAGGUCCAAAGGGGCUACGUGGAAAUGAGAUUGCAACAAUCUCAUUCUCAUCUCCGAGAUGAGGAAUCUUUAUGAUGUGGCUGUGAAGGGGUAUUUCUCGUCUAUCAAUUGGCAAUGCUCCACGAUCAUGAAUUCGCCCACCUUUCUGCUUUUGUAAUUGAAAUUGGUGUUUGCACUUUCUAAAUAUCGCGUCACCUCAACGAUUUAUAAUGUGAAGAGUCUCACAUUGUGGUGAUUUUCCGGUAUUGAUGGGGAAUUCCGCUAGCUUUCCUCGUGAUUUCUUAUCGGCAUUCCUCUCUAUGGUGGCAUGGAAGCUCUUAGGAAUUCAUCAACCUGUCAUAAUACAUAUCUGGCCCCAGCCAUAGUAUGAGCACGCAUGCUAAUUUUGAGCUCCUUUGCGGGAAAUACUCAGUACUUCUUCUACGCGACGUGUCGAUCAGGUAUAAAACGGUAAGUCUGCCAAGUUCUGUCAAUAUUGUGGGAUCUUUAGUCUACUGUUCAUUUUAAGUAUGGUUUCACAUGUUUUCGGCAGAAUUCUGUGCCUUGUUGGAAGUUACCUUCGUUUCAUUGACUUAAGUGACUAUUGUUUCUCUGAGCAGUCAUCAAUUCCAGCUGAUAAUACACCGACUAGUCGUGAUUGCUGGGGAGCUUAUGAUAUACACACUGAUUACUCUAACGAGUGGCCGACGACAAAUGUCGUCCGAGAAUAUGAUUUGACUGCCAGUAACAUGUGGAUCGCGCCAGACGGGGUGGAAGUUCUGGGCAUGGUUUUUAACUCUCAAUUCCCGGCUCCGACAAUUGAAGCUGAUUGGGGGGAUACUUUGAGGAUAACGGUCCAUAAUAAUUUGAUGAAUUUGAAUGGCACCGCUGUUCAUUGGCAUGGCCUUCGCCAAUUGAACAGUAAUUGGCAAGACGGUGUCCCGGGAGUUUCGCAAUGUCCAAUCACGCCUUUUCAGUCCUAUACAUACGAAUUCCAAGUGACUCAGUAUGGAGUAUCUUGGUAUCAUAGCCAUUUUGCAUUGCAAUAUCCGGCAGGACUUUAUGGCCCUUUAAAAAUCAAUGGGCCAACAAGUCAAAACUAUGAUAUUGAUAUUGGGCCGCUACUAAUAUCAGAUUGGUUUCAUCAAAGUCCUUUCUCACUAUUCUAUGAGGAAUUAUGUUGUAACACCCCUAUACCAAAUUCGCACCUGCUGCAGGGGCAAGGAGUUUACUACGACGAGACAACAGGCCUCAGAAGUGGCAGUUUCUACUCUCUUGGUGUGGCUAGAGGCAAAAAAUACAAGAUUAGUCUUGUUAAUGCAGGAACUUCCACUCAAUUCACAUUCUGGAUUGAUGGUCACACAUUUACUGUAGUUGGAACAGACUUUGUACCCAUUGAAGGCUACGAAACAGACACUUUGAACAUUGCAGUUGGUCAACGUUACGAUAUCAUUAUCAAAGCAAAUGCAGGCUGCUCACACGGUACAAACUUCUGGAUUCAUGCUAGGGACUGUAACAGUCCAACACAAAUAUCAACCUUGGGUAUUCUCAGAUAUGAUCCGACAUCAACUGAGCUUCCUCCGGAUAGUCAUGAUAAUCAGUUGAACUUUGGGUGUUUGGAACCUCCAGCCAAAUUUCUGGUUCCUGUGGUUUCCAAGAAGGUUGGAAAGCCGAUUAAUGGACUUACACCAAACCAAUACCUCAAUGUAUCCUUGCAGCCAUAUCCUAAGCUCGACCCAGAUACCCACCUACUGAAGUGGAGCCUCAAAAACUACCCAAUGUAUCUUAAUUGGAGCGUUCCUUCUCUCAAGCUCAUCCAAGACAAUUCGGACACGACGGGCGUGGCCUUUCCACAAGAUUAUGUACCAAUAUUUCUUGAUUAUCCGGAUAAUGAUUGGCUAUAUUUCCUCAUAGAAGGCAUGUUCAAUACUACAGACCCAACUAUCGAAGUUUCAAAUAGUAGCCACCCUAUUCAUUUGCAUGGUCAUGAUUUUUCGAUAUUAGCCCAAUCUCACACACCCUUUGAUAUUUCGACAUUCUCCCCAAACCUUGAUAAUCCUCCAAGGAGAGACACUGCGAUGUUACCUCAAAAUGGAUACUUGGUGAUUGGCUUUGAAAUGAACAACCCCGGAGCCUGGCUUCUUCACUGUCAUAUUGCUUGGCACGCAUCUUCUGGGAUGGCAGUUCAAUUUGUUGAGAGCUCCGGUCAACUACAGAGCAUGAUCAGGAAGGCUGGAAUAAUGUCAAGUUUAGAAGAUCAAUGUGAUGCAUGGACGAGCUGGUAUUAUGACUACAAUGUACCCGCAGAACACACUCAGGAUGCAGAGUCUGGGGUCUAGCCUUCCGAGUCUUGAUUGGAUCUUAUGGAUCUUCGCUUAAUUGACUCCACGUGAAAUUUAAUUUCAGGGGUCAAUUUUGUUUUUCGCAUUUUACUCUUUUGCUCAUUUAUGUGCGUUCAAUAACUUUGAUUGCAAAUACA